AUGUUACCAGGAAAACUCGUAGUACAAGACAAAUUAGCCUUAGUCACCGGUGCCUCUCAAGGUUUAGGGCUUGAAUUAGCUGAAAAAUUAUAUAACAAAGGAUGUUCUGUCAUCUUAGUAGCUAGAAGAGAAGCUGUGAUUAAAAAGGAAGCGGAAAGGAUCAAAUCAAACCAUGGGAAAUUUUCAAAUACUAUUGAUUAUAUAGCUUGUGAUGUGUCAGAUUAUAAGCAAUGUCAAGAAAUGUGGGCCUCGAUGGCACAAGAUGGUAAGGAUCCUGAUUUUAUCUUUAAUUGUGUAGGAGGAAGUGUAUGUAAGUUGUUCACUGAGUUAUCAGGAGAUGAACUUAGUUUGGGUAUAAAUACCAAUUAUACCGCCACAUUAUUUCCAAUUCAUGCUGGUAUCAAACAGGUACUUGGAGACAACCAGAGUAAGAGUAGGAAAGAGUUUAAACACCGUCAUAUCGUUAUAUUUCUGUCGGUGGCAGGAGUUUAUCCUUUAAUUGGAUAUUCUCAAUAUGCUCCUUUAAAAGCUGCUUUAAUGGCAUUAUCAUUGAAUUUGAGACAAGAGUUGACAGCCUAUAAUUAUAGAGUAUCGUGUAUCUUCCCAGGAAACUUUGACAGUGAAGGAUAUAGAGAAGAAGAAAGGACCAAGCCAUCAAUAACCAAAAAGAUAGAAGGUUCAAGUGUGGCCAUUACCACCAGUAAAGCCGCCGAUAUGAUCUUAAGAGAUUUGGAUCGUGGAUAUGAUGUGAGUUAUACUGACAGUAUUGGAUGGAUCUUAUCGUCUGCGUCGUUAGGUACCAAUCCAAGAUACUGGAGUGUGUUACAAAUCAUAGUGAGUUUUCUCUUUUCAAUCAUCGCUCCGUUUGCUUCGAUGGUUGUUGAUAGAGACAUUGAAGGUUACUUCAAGGAGAAAGAUAAAGAGGAUUAG